CUAUCAACCCUAAAAGUUUCGUGAAAAUCUGAGAAAACUUUUGUACACCAUGGUUGAGAUCCCAUGGAAAUACCCUUUAAUGUUCUUUUAACUAAAAGAGUAAUGGAAGAAGUGAAGGAAAAAAAAGUAAAGAAACAUCACUCAUUGUCGUGCAUAUUUUAUUUUUUCAUUCAUCGCACAAAAAAUAAUGCGAUCUAUCAUUGCCUUGCUUUUCAUCAUAUUUCUUUCAUCUGUAAAAGGUUUGUUAGACUAUCUUUUUCCACUGGACUCUAUCAUAAUAUAAAAUGAAUUCUAUAGGUCAAACUACACAACCACCUAAUUAUUCUUGUAGUGAAAAUGAUACUUCUAUACAAUUUACAUUGUCUUCAUCAUCUCAUUCAGCUUCAAAUCCAACAUCAAGUUGUUCUUUACAACAAUGUAAUACAAGCUUGAAUGGUAACAAUAAUUGUCUUUCAUCAUCAACACCUUGUUUUGAUUAUCGAACAAUAAAUAAUAUUAGUUAUUGUGCACCUGGUAUUUUAUGUUCAAUAUUAGACAGAUGUGAUAAUAUUACACAAACAUGCUCAUCAAAUAGCUCAGUGUGCGUUAUUAAUUCAUGUUGUUCAUCAUGA